AUGUCCACCAACGGCAAAGAAGUUGUGUUCACAUCAGCAGACAUGAACAAUGAGGUAAAGAGUUUGUAUCUUGUUAUUGUAAUGUUUAUAAUUGUGUCAACCUUUAAAAUUUUUUUCUGUUUCUAGAAAAUUACUGCUGCUAAAAUGCCCUAUAAAAGUUACAGGCCACGAUCUGUGUCUACGUGUUCAACAGAUUCAUAUAGCUCUAGUAAGUAUUUACUUAGAUAAGUUGGUACAAUCAUUUCUCGUUCUAAAAUAUUUUUAAUAGUUAUCUGGGGUACUAUGUUACUGUUUAGAAAAAUACAUAAUAUAUCAAAACUUACGACAUUUUACUUAUUUUUAAAGUAUUUAUCUUGUGACCUAUAAAAAGUGGUUUUGAAAAACAACUUGGGUGGGAAGGGGGGUUAUUGAAAUUGCAUAAUGAGUUCUUAAAUCAACAAAUGGUGUUGUCCAAACUCUCUACAAAACAAAUUUGUAUUACUUAUAUCAGUUGUAAUUCAAAACAGUUUUUUUUUUUUAAGUGAACACACAACAUUACUUAAUACAAAAUAAAUAACUACUUCUAUGCCUUGUUAGGUUUAUAAAUAUUAAUUUAUUAAAAUGUAUAACAAUUAUAUUGCUAUUCACAAAUGUUAAAUACACUACAAAUAUUGUAAUAAUAUAACAAUUAGAAAUGUACACACUGAAGUAUUAUAAGAUAUACAGUGAAAUCUCUAUAUAGUGGACAGUCUUCUGAAAUUGAAAAAUGUUCAUUAUUGAGAAAACCUCUACAUAGUGGACAUUUGCGAAAAAUUACAAAUAUUAUAGGGAGGCGCUACAAAAAAUUAGGUAUACAUAUACAUAUAUUACUCUAAAAUCAAAAUGAAGUUAAUUUUACUUAUUUUGCGUAAGCAUUUUUUUUGUAGUUACUUGGUAGUUGGACUGAGACAGUAGAUGCAGGAUAUCCUCUUAAGAUAAAUAUGAACGAAAUUUAUAAAAAAAAAAAAAGCUGAUACUGGUGAUGAGAGCGACCACUGUUGUAGGUGAGAAGUUGAGAUGACAGAAUACAUAAAGUUAUUUCAUUUAUAUAUGUGAGCAACAAUAAACCAUUGCUUGAUGAAAGACGAUUCUGAGUGCAGUUUGGUAAUACAUAAUUUGUGGUGCCGUAAUUUUUUAUUUUGCGAUUUUCGUUUAAAUUUGAUUUCAAAACUCUUAUUAAAAAAAAAAAAGUAGUUCAAAGAUUCUGGAAAUUUCACCACAUCUAGGUAAGUCCAAUAUAAGUAUUAUUACCAAGUUUCAAAUCUCUACGUGUAUUUAUAACAGAAAUACAGCAAAAAACUCCCAAAAAUUACAAUUAUUUAAAAGUUUAAAAGUGGCUCAAAAGUCUUGAUGAUAAUACUGUAAGAAAGUAAAUCAAAAAGGCAACAAAAAAGGUAUCUUAUGAUUUUUAGAUUAAAUCAUUUUUUCUAGUCCAGUGUUUUUAUUAUCAAUGAAAUCAUGAAAUUGUACGUUUUCCUACGUUUUUCCUACUUAAGUGCAUUUAAUAAAAAAAUGAUAUUUUUAAAGUACAAUCAAGACAACUUGAGAACCUUCAGAAAAAUUGGUACACGUAAAAUUGGAGCAAGUUUACUAGGAAAAACGUGUCCACAGAUUAGAACAAAAAUCGCUAUGCUUGAAAUCUAAAAUAAAUAUGUAUUUAUUUUUAAUAAUACAAUUUUUAUUACUUGAAAAUUUUUGGUAUGUACAUGUAUUGUGUCCAUUUAUAAGAGGUUUAAUUUUGGUAUCAGUUUUUAGUGUCCACAUCCACUAUUAGGAAUGUCCACUGUUAAAAGGUUAUAACUCUUAUUAUGUACAAAUAUAUUUGCUGGGGAAUUUUAAAGUUUCUACGAUUGAGAGGUGUCCAUUAAUAGAUGUUUUACCGUAUUAUAUUGAAAUCUAAUAUAUAAGUGUAUAAACCAUAUGAGUUUAGCAAACUUAUGUACAAUACUUAUAUAUUCAGACUUGAGUUUUAUAUAAUAUUUUAGUAUGGUAGGUAUAAACUAUUAUUCAUUAUUUAAAAUGCAUUUAAUUAAGUGAUCUUUAUAAAUAUUCAAAAUUAUAUUUCUCCAAAACAUAAACUUGUUGAUAUAAUGAAUUAAUAUUUGUUUCAAUAAUUUAGUUUUUAUCAAUUCUUCAUUAAGUAACUUUUUAUUGUUUUCAGAUACUUGUAUAAAUUAUUAACCAGUAGCCAUAGUCUCAAAGUGAACCUAUUACAAUUAAACUAAUAUAAAUAAAUUUAAAAUAGGUUAUCCAUGUAAAGAAAUAAAUAUUAAUUUUAAAAAUCGUUAGAUAACAUAAUGGGUCUGCAGUUUUAGUUCUAUUCAUAUUUAAAAAAAAUAUUUACAAAAAAUUGUAUGCAAAUUGAGUCAAUAAAAUUGCAUAUUUUAAUUAUUUUAAUCAAGAUAGAAUAUAGAAAUAUUAAAAAUUGAUUAGGUACCUGAUGAAAACAUUACUAAGGAACAACAAGCUUACAAUAAAAUUAAUAGGCAAAUUUAAGGUGUCUAAGUGAGUUUAGUUCUUAAAGUUCUUUUGAAAUAAAAUACAUUUAAAGUUCUAUUUAAUAUAUUAUAUACUAUAGUCUAAUAUUAAUUUAAAGAAAUAAAUAAUACUUUUAAAAAUAAUACAAUAAAAACUUGAAUAAAUAUAAUAGGUAAACAAUUUUUUAUACAAGUUAUUGCAUUUUAAAUUUAUUAAGUUUAGAUGCAUUAUUAAAAAAUAUUAUUUAAAAUUAAAUUUGCUGAAAAAAUGACAAUACAUGGUAUUAGUUCCUAUAUAUUAUUUGUAUAUUAUAUUCUACAAAUUAUUAUUUAUUAGGUUUUGUUUUCUAUACAAUUGUUUUCUAAAUACUAAUUUUUCAUUGUGUUAAUAUUAAAACUAUAAUGUAGUACCUGCUAUUUUUUUUUGUGUUAAAUGCAUUCAAUAUUUUUACAGCAAGUUUAUCGGAAGAUGAUACUCCUGUUAAAUCCAGACACCAGCAAAAUAGUUCUGGAUUUAGUGAUUUUUGUGUUAAAGAUAUAAGGCUUAAGGAAUUUGGACGUCGUGAAAUUGAUUUUGCUGAACAAGGUAAAAUUAUAUAUUUAUGCUAAAGAAAAAAAAAUUAUUAUAAUGUAGAUAUCAUCAUUAUCAUAUAAUCAUCAACAUCUUUUUACCUGAAAUACAUCUCACCUAGUGAAGUUACUAUGUAAACAUAAUGUUUAUGUGUGCUGUAUGUAAAAAUAGCUCGACCCAUUAAUGUUAGUAAAUAAUAAACAUUAGUCAAUAACUUAUGUAGCAAUUGUAAUUUCUAAAAUGUAGUAAUUUAAUGUAUAUUUUUUCAACAGUUGAUUCAUAUGAUACAGUGAAAUAUUUUAUUUAUCAUUUUCUUUGUAGCUUAAAAAUUGAAAACUUAAUUUUUUAAAAAUAAUAUUGUAUUAUACAGUACUCUAAUAAUUAGAGCAUGGAUUUAUAUGCAUUAAAAACUAACUAAAUAUGUGCUAAGAAAUCUUAAAUAUGCAUAAUUAUAUGAACUAAAAUGUUAAAAUAUGCAUACAAAAUAAAAAAUGUGCACUAAAAAAUGUAUGUUUUGAAUAUUUAAUUAAAACAAUUAAUUUAAAAUUAUGGAACCCUAAUAUUAAUAAGUUUCUUCAUUUUUUUCUUCACUUUCAUCAUUUUGUAGGUAGUUUUAAUGCAUAAGACUCGAUAAUGAUGAUUUAUUUUUCGGCAUUUUGAUAAACAACAGAAAAAAAAGCACACUAAAUAUUUUAAUAAUGUCAAUUAUAAAUUGUCAUUGGUUAUAAUGGAUAUUUUCUUUCUUUGGUAUAUGUAUUUUAUUUUUCCGAUUAUUGAUCUAAGAUCAUAUUUGGGAAAACCAUUUAUACCUACAAGUAUUCCUAUUAUUUAUUUUGAUAUUAAUCGAAACUAUACAAAUAUAAUAUUUUUUUCUUAUAUUACAAUUGUGUAUAUUUCAAAAAGGUUUUUACAAAAAACAUUGAAAUAUGCAAUUAAAAUUGGUAAAAUAAGCACUUAAAAUAGAAAAAAAUAUGUAAAUGUCAAAAUAUGCAUUAAAAAAGUUUCAUUUUUUAAAUUUUUAUGGCAUAAAAUACAUUUUAUGCUCACUUAACAUGCCAUAGGAUCAACCAGAAUAAAUAUGCAAAUGCAUACAAAUCUGCGCUCUAUUAAUAAUUAUAAUCCUAAAAGAUUUAUUUCAAUUCAAAAAUAUUAAAUUUUUGCACAAUUUUUGGUGCUAAUUCGGUAUGUGCUCUAUAGAGUUAGAUAGUCUUUUUAUUUUAAUUUUAUUUUAUUGAUGAUUCACAUUCUGGAUGAAUUCACUACUGUAGAAUAAAACUUACAGCUAUCACAAUUAAUAAAUUAUACACAAAAAAAUAAAAUAUUCAAACAAUCACAAUAUACUCCUAAGAAACAACCUCAGUGGGCUAUGUAACUGAAAACCGAAAAGACAAUUGUUAUAAAAACUACAGUAUUAGAAUGUCUAACCAAAGAUAAGAUAAGAUAAAUUAUCAUAUCCAGAGUGUAGAAUGGCAAAACUUAUAUUGCACAUAUGAAAUUAGCACCCAAUUUUAAGUUUGCCUUCCACAUUAUUCAAGCAUUAUUUUAUAUUUUAUUAUUCUUGAAAUAAAAUAGAUUUUAUUGUUGUAUAAUACAGUGGUAUAAUACUUAUAUCCUAAUUCAGAUCCAUACAAAUGGAAACAUUGAAAACUAAUAUAUAUUUAUAUUUUACCAAUCUAUUAAAAAAACUAUAAAUUGAUUCCAUUUGAACAGUUUCAAGAAAUUUGGAAUGUAUAAUCGAUGAAUUUGCCCAACAGUCACCAGUCCCAGUGAUGACUGAUGACUGGUAGAAGAAAUUUGGAUGUUGUUAUUGAUGGUCUCCUACCAUGGUCUGUGUCUCCUAUUUUGUUUCUGCUCUUAUCAAAUUAAAAAUUUUGCAUUUUAGUAUUUCAAAAAACAAUACUUAUCUAAGUUAUACAUGAGUUUUAUAAAUUUAGAAGAAGCCAUUAGUGAACUAUAUUGAAAAGUAAAAAUAUGUUAGUAAUAUUCAAGAUAUUUUAACAAAUAUUCCUGGUUUAAAUGAAAAACAAUUAAAUUGAAAACUGUUAAAUUUUACUAUAAAGUCAUGUCAGAUAAAACAAAUGUUAACUUAGAUAUAACAUCUACCUUAUUGAAUUGUUGUAAAUUUGCAUCAAUACCUUACUAAAGUGUACCUAGUGUUUCUUUGUGUUAUCUAGGUUAUCUUAAAGUACAUAUGACCUUAAAAAUUAAAACCGUUAAAAAAAGCAAAAUAAAAAUGUCAUCAAUUAAUUUGUUCUUAUAUAAUUCAAAUUAUGUACUUGGAAAGCUGUUUCACAAACACCCAAUAAAAUGUACUUUCCUACAAAUUCACUAGUAAUUAAGAGCCUUAGUUAAUAUAAUAUAUUAAUAUUAUAUUACCUACUUAUACCUAUUUAUUAUAUUUACUGUUUUUAGAAUUGACAGCAUUUAAGUUGAUGUUUGGUUAAUUUGCCUUAAUUAAAAUGAAUCUCCUGAACCAGAAAAAUUACCAAAAAGACUUAGGUUUUAUAGUAUUAUAUUAAUUAGUUAUAUACAUGAAGAAGAAAAAUUAGUUAAUAAUAACUAAUAAAUAAAUAAAUAAAAAUAAAUAUUAUUAUUCCCCCCUCUCCUAAAAAUUGAAUAUUGUAAUUAAUGUAAGGGAACAUUAUUACAAGUUGUAAUAUGGGGGUGAAUGGUUCAUACACAAUUUCUGUAAUUGUUAUUAGUUAUAAUUUUAAGGAGAAAUGUUCACCGGUUAUACAUUCUGAAUUUCUUGAUUAAAUAAAAUAUUUAUUUUAAUAAGUAUUUCAAUAAAAAAUUAAAAAAGUAGUAUGAUAUAUUUAUGAUUGGUGAACUAAAUAUAGAUACAGACUACAAUUUAUGAGUUAAUAUAUUUUAGUGACCUUUUAGUACACCUUUUUUGGAUUUUUAUGUAAAUGGAAUCAAAUUUUGCAAUCAUUUUCUUUUUACUUCAUGGUAUUUGGUUAGUAAAGAAAUCUAAAAUUAAUCAAUUGAGAGGUAAUCAUUACAAUAAUAAAAUUACAGUUGUUAAUUUUUUAUUUUAUAGGUAAAUUUCAUUUCAUAUAUUAUAAUAUAUGGUUUAAAUUCUCUUCUACAUUUUAUUAAUAACUAUCUACCAUUCCUAAUAUUUCGUAAUGUAUUCAUUUUUAAAAGCGAAUAGCUUCAUGAAGUUCAUGAUAUUAGUAAUUAAUUAUCACUGUUAUUGCUGAAUUUCAGAAAAUAUAAAUACAGUCAAAUUUUUCACGAAAAGCUUAUUAAAAUAAAGUUUAUGUUAAAACUUUAUGGGAUCAUAUAUUCUAAUAUGUUAAAUUGUCAAUAGUUUUGUGAGUGAUUACUACUUUUGACUAACCACUUUUGAUUUUUAAAUAUCAACCUAUAUUAAAAAUUCCAGAAUAAAUAGAGUAUUAGUAGUUUAAAUGCAUUUUUAUGAAUUUUCCACUUUUAAGUUUGAGUAUAGGACGUAGAGAACUUUUCAAAUAUUCCUCAAUCUACUGCUACUCAAAUUAUGUUCUAUUAUUCUCUAUCUACUCAUACUUAAAAAUGGAAUAUCUCAUUACCAGAAUGAAAAAAACCUUAACAUUUUUUACAGGUUGACAAUUGAAAAUUAAAAGGUGAUAAUUGGUUUACCCUCGAAAAUAUGGACAAUGUAACAUUUUAGAAUAUUUGAUUCUAAAAAGUUUUUAUAAGUCAUUUUUUUAAAAGAAAUAUUUUAUUGGAAAAUUUGAUUGUAUCAUGAAAUUUGAACGAUAAUGUAUUAUAAUAAUAAUAAUAAAAUAAUUAUAUUAACUAUAAUAAUAUUUAACUAACAUAUUUCUUGUUGAUAAAUAAAAAAAAAAUUGCAUUAAUUUAGAAAUGCCUGGUUUAAUGUCUCUGAGGAAACAGGUGAUGGAUGAUAAGCCAUUGCGAGGAGCAAAAAUUAUUGGAUGCACACCUAUCACUGCACCAACUGCUGUUAGUAAAAAAAAACAAUAUCUUGAUUUCAUAGUGUUAUUUUAAAUAAUUUUUUUGUGCAAAUUUUAGGUAUUAAUUGAAACAUUAGGUUCUCUAGGUGCUGAAUUGAGAUGGAGUGCUUGCAAUAUUUAUUCAACGCAGGUACAUUUAAUUAUUAUGUUUAACUAUUCAAUAUUUAAGGGAUGAGAAGUUAUAAAAAUAGCAUAUUUAUGUCUGUCUUAUAUUUAUAGCUGGCUGAGCUAAAAAUCUGUUCCACAACAUAGUGAGUUCAUAUAUUUGGGAUUUUUUUUUUAAAUGUAAAUAUUUUAAUAAUUUUUUAAAGGAUUUGAAUAUUAAUAAUUUGUUGUGCAUAUAAAUGUAUUUUUAGUAAAACAUUGUAAAUUUUUUUAAUAAAAUAUGUAUAUCUUUAUGAGAUGCAUUAUUAAAUAGUUAAAACAAUACAACAAUAAUUUAACACAAAAUCAAUAGUUUCAAUGAUAUAAUAUAUCAGUCAAACCUAAAAUAAAAUUGCUUUAUUUAUAUCUGUAAGCAACAAUAAACCAUUAAUAACAAAAAAUUAAUAAUAUUUAAGAUUUCCAUUAAACUUUAAUAUUAAAGUAGGUAAUCAAUUUUAGAUUCUGAAUGGAAUGAAUCUUUUUCAUUCUUGAUAAUUUUUCGAUUUUCCCAGAAGUUUUCUCAACAAAUGUGAAAUACUCUGUUAUCAUUUUACUUAUUAUUUUAAAUGCCACAGUUAUAUAAAAUUUGAAUUUUCAAAUAUAAUUUUGUGCACAAUAGUUUCCAAUGGUGUCUUUUAUGAAUUUUACAGUUGUCUUAUUUUCUGAGAGGAGUUCAGUUAAUAGUGUUGCUUUGUCAACAAUAUGUGUCAUGUUAUAGUAAAAUAAUUACAUAUGCAUUACAUUUUUUCUUAUCUCACAUUUUUCAGGUUCGAAGUGUAGUGAAAAAUAUAUUGGUUUUACAAAGAUGUUUUUUUUAUGUUAUGUGAACACUUUCUUCCAGAAAGCUUACACCUAUGUAUACAAUGUAUCAUUCAUUCCCAACUUUCCGUCUACAACAAUAUCUUUUAUUAAAUUUUUAAUUAUUUUUUUAAGUCUAACAAUUUUAUCCUCAGAAUACCUAUCAAAUAAAAAUUAUGUAAAAAACACAUAAUUUAAAUGUCUAUAAAUAGCUUAGACAUUCAAAAUAUUUAAUUUAUAUUUUAUGUUAAACAAUUUGUUAAAACACAAUUAUAAUAUAAAAUGCUCAAUUAUUAAAAAACACUAUAUAAGAAAAAUCAGAAAUCUGCUCCUCAACAAGAUUAAAAACCAAACAAAAAAGGUCUCUAGUAAUUUUUUUAUCAGACCAAUAUUUCUGGUAGAAAAUAUAGUUUAAAAAAAUUAAAAACAGUGAAGUCUGAUUUAUAUAGAUUAAUGUAUACAUUAUUUUAAAAACCCCUUGGAAAAUCAAAAAAAAUGGCCUCUCUCUAAUCAACUAGACAAAAUUUUCUUUUAGAAAAUGUACUACUUUUUGUACAUCUGAGCAAGAUUUAUUUUUGAAAAGUUGUUUACAGAUACAAAAAAAUAAUAUACAUCAAUAUAGUAGAACCAAUAGACCAAUAUAAUUAACCAAUAGAAUCUCAAAAAUUAAACUAAUUCAACUUUCCUUUAGACAGGGUGCUUGAGCAAAGACGCUAUCAGUUAAUGGAAAGGUCUCUAGACUAUUUGCAUUAGAGCCUUUUAAUAGUAUUUUCAGAGAUGAACAGGGAGUUAUCAUGAAUGGGUUUUUGUGGCCAGAAAGUUGUCUGUGGUCAGAAAGAAAGGUUUUUUUGCUACAUUAGCAAAAAAAGGUAUGGAGAGUAAAUGAUAGAGGGUGUGUUAGAGACCUUAUAUGAAGCUUUAGUAGUUUAUUAAUGUUAGUAGAUUUUUUUGACCCCUAGAUUUGGAUGCCAUACCAGAUGAUCCCUUUAAGUUGGCACACUCGUUAUCUAGGAAAGUAUUAACUUUUUUUGAAAUUUGUUUUCUAGAACAUUUAAGAAACAAGCAGCUCUAAAAUUGUAUAUUUAUGUUUUUUUUUGUCACCCUUAUUUUGGUUUGGCGUUUGAGAAAUAUAGAAUGUAAUAUAUUUAUUUUUUUUUUAUAUUUAGUGCAUUUUGAUGCAUACUCUUUCAGUUUUACCUCUUAUAACUUCUCAUCCUUAAUUUUUAAUUUACACAUGAUUUGGUACAGAUCUUAAAGUUAUGAUUAAAUUAUGGAUACUUGCCUAAAAAUUUAAAUUAAAUUAAACAGUAGUUUAAUUUUGUCUCUUAAAAUUUGUUAUAGAAUGAAGUUGCUGCUGCUUUAGCUGAAGCAGGUAAUAAUGGUCAUCAAGUUAUAUUAUUGAUAUGAGAAAAAUAAGAUAGGUGAGAUACUAUGCUGAAGUGUAAUCACCAUAUAAUAUAAACACAUCUGGUACUAACGAAUUUUUAAAUGUAUGGAAUAUUUGAGAACAUGAUAUUCACUAUUCAAAAGUUUAUUUACCUAAAUGAUUGAAACUGUGUAAUUCAACUAUUCAUUAAUUUUAAUUAAUCACAAAUAUAUAUAGACUCAUACUUUAAUAAUACUUGAGACUAAUAUAUUACUCAUAUUCAUACUUGGAAUUCCCUUUCAUUUAAAAAGAGAAGACUUAAACCCACACAUUGCUAUGUCCCUAACUAAUUCCUCGUUGACUAUAUAGAUCAUUUCUAGUUUCUUUGUAUUUCUACAUGGUUAUUAAGUUUUAUUUAAUUAUUUAAUUGGGUUAUUCUAUAACAUACAUGUCAUGAUAUAAGUCUUAGCCCCAUGUUGAAUACAAUAUAAAUUAUAUUUUGGAAAGUUUGUGAUAGAAUUCUGAUUUUAAUUGUAUAAACAAUUACUAUAUUUUUUAUGUAUUUUUAUCUGUAUAUGUAUUCUUUUUUUCCUUCAAUUUCAUUCUAUUGGUAUCAGCCAUCCUUGUCCUAAACCACCACUUGACCUGAUCCCCCACUUAGUCCUUCUAUAAACUUGCCAUUCUCCCAUCAUUCUCAAUUGCAUUCAAUUACUUUUUCGGCCUUCUUCCCUCUUUCAUCUUACCUAAGCUACCUCUUAUGUACUCAUUGUUUGUCCUAACUUUUAUUAUUAUUCCACUCAUCUACUUUAGUAUUCUCAUCUUUGCUACACUCAUUCUCUGUUCUAUUUUUCUGCCUAUUGCUCAACAUUCCAAACUAUAAACAUAGUCAGUUUUACCACACUUUUGUAGAACUUAACUUUAAGUCUUAUUAAAUUUCUCUUGUCAUAUUAAACAUCUGACACUUCUCUUCACUUUAUAAAUCCACACUUAAUCCUAUAUUUUACAUCCUUGUCAAAGCCACCAUUCUUUUGAACAAAAGAUCUUAGAGACUUAAAGCUCUCAACCUAUUAGGUCACUGCUUUUCGCCAUUAGGUAUUUUGUCUUGUCAUACUCUAUAAACUCUGUUUUAUUUCUACUUAUCUUCAGUGCUUUUCUUUUAAGUGCUCUUCUCUAUUCCUCAAGCCUAUUGACUUCCUCCAGAUUAUCAUCUGCAAAUUCCAUGCACAGUGGUAUCUUGUAUAUCCUUUGUAACUUCAUCCAUUACAACAGAAAAUUGGUAAUGGCUUAAGACUGACUCUUGAUGUACACCUACUCCAACCCUGAAAUAUCCUCUGUAAUUCCAUACAUACUUCUUACACCCAUACUUCAACUUUUAUACAUAUCCUCUAUUAAACUAAUAUAGUCUACUUUUCUCGUUGAAAAGGAGUUAUUGAAAAACCUUUUACCUAGCCUCUCUCGUAAAAUUUUUUUCACUUCCACCGGUACACUAUUUGCAUAUACAACUUUUUUUUUCAUUGAUCACUUCACUUCCUCCUCUAACUAGACAUACCAGCUUUCAUAAAACACUAUCUACUAUCUCUCUUGUAUACUGCUCAUUUGGUAAUUUUUCAAAAUAUUUCUACCAUCUAUCUGUUAAAUCCUAAUUAUUUUGUUAAUAUUAGUGAUGGGAAAAAUCCGGUUUUGUUAAAGUUCGAAAAACCAGAUACUUGAAAUUCUAAAUCUGAAAUCCGGAUUUUAGAUUUUGGAACAUUAAAUUAGUAUUCUUUUAUGUAUUACUUAUAAUACAUUUUUCAUAACUACACUUAGAUUUUAUAUCAAGAAAAUUGAUUUUUUAAUUGGAAUACAGAAAUCUAUAAUGUGAAACCCAAAAUUUGAAUUUAGUAGCCUAACAUCUGAAAUCAAGAUUUUUCAGAUAGUCUGGAUUUAUAUUACAUCACCAGUAACCCUUUUAUCUACAUAUUUUAUACACCAUACAUUAUGGAAACCUCUGGACCAUUGUUCUCCAAUCCUGACCAAUCUAUAAACUUUUUUUUCACCUUCCUUUGUUUCUAGUUUCUUAUAUUUCUCAUAAUAUUUCUUUAACUUCACUUUACUUAAUGCCCUCUUAAUUUUCUUGGACAGUCUUUUGUACUAUAUCCAAUCAUCUAUUUUUAUGUUUUGCUGCUAAAGAUUAAAUCAUCUUUCCUUACUAGCUAUAACUUUCCUAACUUUCCUUAUCAAAUCUCACUAUCAAGUUUACUAUUCUCUGGCAUACUACUACUACUCUCAACAAUGAUCUUCAUUGUAGUACUUUUAGUACAAGUGGCCAUCCUUUCACACAUUUUUUUUAUAUUUUCCUCAACAUUCCAUAAGACUUUCUUUAUUUUUAAACUUUUUUUUUUUGGCCACUCCCAUUAUUUUCUACCACCAAAUCUUUACUUCUUCCUUUCUCUCUUUUUUUUCGUUACAAUCUCAUUAGCUUCAUUUCUCUCUGUACUAUGUACUUUCUGUAUCCUCAUUACAUAUCACCGUUCAUAUCACCACUAGUCCUUUAUUUUUGGUAUUUUUUGCAUUACCCUAGUUAUCUCUUGCCAAAACUCGUCUUUAUUAUUCUCUUCACACCUUAUAUGUGGAGCACUUAAUACAUUUUUUCUUAUUUGCUAGCUUCACCACUUCUAUAAUUUUUUAUUCUAGUUCAUUACUACUUUACUUUUUAAAUCUUCACCUACUAUUAUUCUUACACCAUUCAUUAUAUUAUGCCUACCUAUGCACAUAUAUUAUUUUAUAAUGUUAUGCUUUCAUAGCUAUGCUAUGUUUUGUUAUAACAUGCCCUCCCAUUAAAUAGUUAACAAUACCUCAACUAUAAGGUGAAUUCCUCUACCCUACAGAAAACAAUAUCAUAUACCAGUUGGAAUCACCCACCUGGGCUUUCCACCAGUAGGAGCUGGUUUGCUAAACCUAUAGUAUCCUAUCCUCCUCCCCACUGAAGUUGUAGUUGUGUAUAUGUAAAUUUUUAAUAAAUUCAUUUUUACAAUUUUAAUAUUUUGUUACAUAAUUUUUUUGUUGGAAUUUAAAAAAAAAAUGUUAUUUUAUUUAGUCAAUUUCUAUUAAUUUUAUAGUACUAGUAGUAAUAAAAGCAUUUGAUAUUGAUUCCCAUGAAUGACUUGUUGUAUUAUUAUAUAUGAGUAUAUUAUACAGGUAUAAUUAUUAUUGGGAAACACUAUAACUCUGCAUUUAUUAAAUAUAUUUGAAUUCUGUUUUUUUGGGUAUCUAAUAAACUUUUGUUAUACACUUAUUAAACCAUUUUUAAAACAAUUUUUUUGAAUUUUAAUGGUCAAACCACAGUUAAAUGUUUGAUAUUAUAUUUGAUGACUUAAAUUGUUCCUUUUUACACUUCAUGAUAUUUUCUAGUACUAUUUUAAGUACCUUUUAUGAAGGAGGGAUAGUCCUCUUCCCUACCAAAACUUACUUAUUUUAUAUAAUUUGUCUCUUUUAACAAUAUUUAAAAUUACGAGGAUGUAGGUUUGAACAUUAAUAGUAAAACAAAAAUAAAAGAAUAGGAGUUAAUAAUUUUCCCACCAAGAGUGGUGGAAAGGGUGUAUUGAAAAAAAAUUUGUUAUUAGCAUUUGUGAUAUUAAAUGGCAUAUAAAUAGUGUUUAAUAAAUGUAAAACAAAGGUUGUUAGGCACCUAAAAAAAACUGAAUUCAAAUAUACUUAAUAUGUAGAGAAUUAUAUUUUUUCCAAUUAAUGAUUACUUACUGUAUGAUACACACACACACACACAUACACACACAUACACAUAUGUAUAUUAAAUGUAAUCUGUUGGUAUCUUUAAACAAUCUUUUAUGGUUUCUAAUGUUUUAUGAAACUAUAAGAAAAUUAUUUAUUUUAUAUUUAUUUAAUGAAUAUUAUUAUAAUAGAUUUUAUUAUAGAAAAAAAUAGAACAAAAUACCAUGUGAAUACAAAUACAGAUUAAUGUAGACAGAAAAAUUCAGAAAACAAACAAUAGAAAGAAACAUAGUUAUCUAUCACAAAGAGAAAAAUACGUUUGUGGUAGUUGAGAUUUAAAAAAAGAAUUGAUUGAAAGAAGAAAUUUAAGCUAAAACACAAAGGAAUAGUUUACUAUUGUAGUUUUAAGAAAGUUUAUUUUCCAGAAAUUAUAAAAAUCUAAUAGAAAAUGGAUUUACAUCAAGAAAAUUUAAAACUAUCAUAAAAAUAAUGUUGAUAUGAUUUCACAAGACGCAAGAAACCUUUUUAUAAUAUAAAGUUGAGGAAAUUGUAGUACAAUAAUGUAUUUAAUUUAAAGUGGCUUGUAUAGAAAAACAAGAAAGUUUAUAAUAAAGUAAAAUUAAUGUUUGGUAUUUUCAAAUUUUGUAAAGUUAAUUAAGAAACAUUUAAAAAAAAUAUUCAUAGAUCUAAAGAUUUAUCUUUAAUGAAAAAUCUUACCAUGGGUGAAAUUAGCCAGAAAAUCCAAAUUAUAAGUAUAUCUUUAUUAUCUUCAUUAAUUUUAUUUUUAAAAUGAAAAAAAUAUAUUAAUAGUAAAUUAGUUAAUGUACAACUUUUAAAGGAAACCAAGAAAAUGUAUAAGUAUUUUAAACUAUGAGUAUAUAAAAAAUAUUUGCUAUUACUUCUAUAUUUAAUAUAGCCUGUUUAUGGAUAGAUAAUUUGUUUUAGUUCAAAUAACCAUAAUAUUAUUAAUAAUAUAAUCUUCAAAAAAAAAAACUUUGCUGCUGUGUCUAAUGAUUUUUUUUUUUUGUCUUCAAAAGAACAAUAGGAUAAAAACAUUAAUAAUUUUGAAUUAAAAACUAUAGAAGUGAAUGUUAUUUAUAAUUCCAAGCCUACAAAUUAAUUUCAUAAAAUACUUAUUUCUUUAAUGUUUAACUGUUAGAUAACGCUAUACCUACAUGUGCUCAGUAGUGGAUCCAGGGGAAGCACAAAGGUACAUGCUUUGUAUGAGGACUAUAAUGUGUCAAUGGAUAAUAGUUUUGUAUUUAUGUAUUUAUAAUAAUUUAUAAUUGAUUUACUAAAAAUAUAAGUAAUAUGCCCUUCCUUUAAAAAAUGUUUGGAUGUAUCUGUCUUGGAAAUGUAUGACAUAGCAAAUUAGUAUUGAUGCAGGACAACUUUAUAAUUUAUGAUAGAGUAAAUUGGCCUAUUAUACAAUUUAUAGAUAAGAAUCCAUUACCUAUGGAAUGUUUGUAAUAUUUUAAUUUUUAAUUGACAUUAGAAAAUUGUAAUAUUUCACAUACUCCUAUCUCUAUAAAUAUCACUAACAUUGCACAUAAAAUGUUCUUAUCUUUAAAUUUCAUAACUAAUCAAUUACUCUAAUUUUAAAAACUGCCUAGCACAGUGGCAGAUUUACUGGGGGGAGAAUUUAGGGGGUCUGUACUCUCCACAGACACUGAUAUAAUUUCAAUGAAUGUCGCCCAAAAAGAGGCAUCUCUAAUAGAGAAACCUUUUCAAUACAUAUUAUGAUAUUGGACCUCUCCCAAAAAAAUGUUGAAAAUCCGCUACUUAUCUAGCAUGAAUUCAAAUUUGCCAUGUAUAUUUGUAAGAAAGAAAUAGCACACAAGGGUAUAACUAGUAAAAAAACAUUUUUCAGUAAUAAUUGCCAUUAAAUUAGUAAAAGUUGAAUAAUUUAUUAAAAAAAAUACUGUUUUAAAAAUUUGCUCAAGAUUUUCAUGAAAUGUAUUAAAUUAUUAGAAGUUUAUUUCAAAGUUAUUUUUAUUAGAAAAAAUUAAAGAUCAUUUUGAAGUUAAUAAUUUAAAAUGCAUAGAAGUUACAUAGGUCGGUUCAAAGAUAUUUUAACUUAUUUUUUUUUUAAGUGAUGAAAUCAAUUUAUAAUCAUUUACAUAAUAUUACUAUUUUUUAAAUUUUAUAUUCUGAUCUUUCUAUAAAAUUCGAGCUUAAUGAAUAUUGAUAUUGUAUGAUGUAAAAGUUAACCAUCUAUGCAUCUCAUAAUAUCUAACCUAACCUUAAUCCAGGAAACUAUUGAAUACUUGGUUGCAAUUAUGAUUCCCUCAAAAAGGAAUUUAUGUACCUAUAGAGAUUUUACGAAAUAUAAAGUAUUUUUGAGAUGAAUCAAACAACUAAAUUAAAUUAAAAAUUAUAAAUUUCAAAAAGAAAUAAAUUUAGAUUUUAGAUUUUGAAAGAUAUAAUUUUAUUUAUGGUUAUAAUAGUAGAAACCGGUUUGGAAAUUUGUAUCACAUGGGUACCACUAUACCGAUAAGAACUAUUUAACUAAUAUGGUGCUCUAUUUCCAAUCAAUUUCUACUGUGUGCAAAACAAUUUAUAAUUUUUAAUUACAGUCAGGAAUUUUUGUGAAACAAAAUUGACAAGGUUUUUUUAUAAUCAAUGAUUUAUUGAUUCAUACCUAUGAUAAGAAAAGUGUCUAAACGUUUAUUUUACAUUUUUGAUUGGUUGAUCGUCUUAUCAUCGACUAAAAUAAUCCAAAGUUUCAAAUUUUUGAUUAACCAAAAUAUAAAAAAAAAAAUUGUCUACAAUGAAUUCAUCCCAGUUUAUAUGUUUUAAACAAGUGAAGUGGUUUGCUGCUAACUGUUUCUGUUAUAAAUAAAUAAUUUUAUUUUCAAUUUGCUUGAUAAUUUAUUUAUUAACUACUUAAUUCAUGUUCAGUAGACUAUUAUGUGUGCAUUUUUAAUAUAUAUAUGUUAUUGAGUGUGAAAUUUGGAAAAUCAAUUGAACCAAUCAUCUUAAAUAGAUACUGAGGUGAAACAAAAUUAUGUUAUUAAUUAUUAUUUAAGUGAGUGUACUUAUAUACAAAUAUAUUUUUACUAUAUAUGGUGUAACAUUUUUGCACAAAUCCACUUGUACUUGUUAAUUUCAAAUAAUUAAGGACUUACAUUUUUUACUCAUUUUGUUACUAAAUUUUAGGAUUUCCAGUAUUUGCUUGGCGAGGUGAAACUGUUGAUGAUUUUUGGUGGUGUAUUGAAAAAUGUUUUGAAGCCAAAAAUUGGAAACCUAACAUGAUUUUAGAUGAUGGUGGGGAUGCAACUAAUUUUUGUCAAGCAAAACAUCCUAACAUUUUUAAAAAUCUAAUAGGUAAAUAAGUACACAAUUUAAAAAAAAUAAUAAUAAUACCCUUCUAAAUUACCUAAUUUAUAUGUACCUAUGUAAUAAAAUACUUAUUAGACUUUUUGAUCAAUAUUUGUUUCACUUUCUGUGGUAGGUACCUAUAUAUUAAGUAAUAAACAAUUAUUAUAAAAUUAAUAUUUUCUUUACUAUUUUAUUUUUAAAUUUCUUAAUUUUUUAACUAUAUUAAUAAACCAAAAAUCUCAAAAAUAAAUAGACAAAAGCUAGUUAAUCAUACAUCUCAACAUAAAUUUUGUGCUCAACAAUCUCAAAAAACAAUAUUUUUUCGAAUAAUAUAUUUUUUGAGUUUAAAAUAUUUAAAUUACUUAUCAAUUCAAUACUAAGAUAAACUAAGACAAUUGUUUUAACAACCUAUUUAUUUAGAAGCUUAAAAAUUGAGUUUAAACAAAUUCCAAAUUUUCUUUUUAAAUUAUUUACUUAAAUUAUAAUAUUGACUAUUACUAAAAUUAGUUUUAAAAUCUUGGGCAGUAUUACCAAUAAAAAUGUGUAUGAAAUGUUGACUAGGAAUUGUUGAAGAAAGCACAACUGGUGUUCAUCGCUUAUACAAAUUGUUGAAAGCUGAAAAACUUUUAAUGCCAGCUAUUAAUAUCAAUAACUGUGUAACAAAAACUAAAUUUGAUAACCGUUAUAGUUGUAGAGAAUCUGUAAUUGUCAGGUAUAAAUGUUAUACUUCUUUAUAAAUAAGUAAUACUAUUAUAAUUAUACUUUUUAUGUUUUGAUAGCUUAAAGAAAUGUACUGAUUUGAUGUUUGGUGCAAAACAAGUUGUUUUAUGUGGUUAUGGAGAAGUUGGAAAAGGUUGUUGUCAAUCUUUGAAAGGACUUGGUUGUAUAGUUUAUGUUACCGAAAUUGAUCCAAUAUGUGCUCUGCAAGCUUGGUUUGUAAUUCAUUUGUUAAUUUACAUUACUUUAGUUUUCAAUAUACAGGGUGUCCCACGAUGAUCUGCCACUUGAAAUAACUUUUGUUCUAUUCAAUAUUUUUGAUAUAUUUUUUUUGGAAAUAAUUAUUAUGUCUCUGAGCUACAAUUUGUAUAUGAACAUUUGUUUUUUUUUUUUAGGGGAAGGGGGACCUAAAAUAAAAAAUUUUAAAUUAUAUCAUAUUUAUUUUUAAAUAGCCAUUUUAUAAAAUAGAUUUUAGAAAAUGUUUAGUGGUUGAAACUUUUAUUAAAAAAAUAGUCUAUUAUUUUUAUUAAAAUUUGAAUAAUUUUCUUUUCAAUCAUAACAAUAUUGUUUAUCUACACAAAUGACCAUUAUUGAUUCACUUUUCCAAGAAUAAUUUCUAUUUUUUUAUCAUAAUGGUGAGAAUCAUAAUAAUCAGCCAUCACAUUAAUAGAAUAACCAGAUAGUAAAUAAAAAACUGUUUAUAUCACUAAUAAAUAAAAGGUUCUUAUCGGUACAUUAUAAUAUGACAUAUAUUGUUGACAAAUAUCAUUAUCAACUGAACUCCACACAGAAUCGUUUUUUCGUAACGAUGGGUUAUCAGAGCUUGCUUACAGAUGCAUACGAUGGGUUGCUUACUGGUAUACAUUAAAUUACCUAUACCAGUGGCUGUACCCGUCUCCAUUAUCCUAGGACGUUAUUUUUUUUUUUACUAUCUGGUAUAGAAUAGCCCGAUUUAAAGUUUUGAAUUCAAUUUUGAGUGCAUUGAUAAAAUAGGUACUACCUAUUACUAGUGUGUUCCUAAAUUUAGUAGAUUGGUCAGUUGCUAGAUUUAACUGUACUUAAACCCAGCUGCUGCCUAGAGGGGAAGUAAUCUAUUUUGCUGAUAAAGCAAUCUGAUAUUUUGUGGAUGAAAUAGUGUUUAACCAGAUGGAUUUGAUAAACACUUUACGCGCCAAAAUUAAAACUAAUUAACUAACUUAUAUUUGACAAAAAAAAAAAAUAUAUGUUAUGUACUUGUGUUAAAAUUUUUUGUCUAAUGUGCUAACGUGUUUCCAAAUUCCAAUUCCAACUCUAACAUGUAUAAUACAAUUGAAAGAUGAUUUGUAUGUGUUGUAAAUACUUUUAUAAAACAUUCAGAUAUUCGAUUUCUAUAACAUUUAAUCCUAUUAUGUAUAUCUAUAAUAUAUUUUAUUUUAAUUAUUAGUCAAAUGUUUUAUACUUUAACUUAACGCUUUCCACCUGACUGCACCGACUGCACUAGUGUACAUUUUUAUAUUUUAUAUGGAAUAUUGGGAUACAUUUUAGUACGGGUUUUUAUGUCACAUGCGCGCGCUCUACCAGUUUUUUGUCCCGAGUGCAGUGGUAAUCGCUCUUCGAUUUCGUGCACUUCAUAUUUUAUUGAUAAAGAUGCCAAUCUCGAUGCUUGAACAAUAAUAAUAUAAUUUAAACUGAUAAUACUAAGGUAAACUAGUAAUAAACCUUUUUUUUUCUCUCGGACAAAAUUAAUAUUGUACUAUUUAUACUUGAUACUGUAAAAAUUAUGUUUCCUAUGAUUUAUGAUUCGACUACACUGGACAGUUUUUCGGUAAUAUAAUCUACCCGCUCUAGGUGUAACGAUGCAGUUAGGUGGAAAACGCUAUUAGAUUUCGAUGAAAAUAAUGGAAAAUGAUAAGAAUAAAAUGUUGGUGAUUAUGGCCUAUUUGUAACAUUAAAUAAUGGUAUUAACCAGUACGUUCCAACUAAAUAACAAAAAGAGCGUUCCUAAACUAUCAAUCUGCUGAGCAAUCCAAUGGAUUAGCAGAUUGAUUUAGGAACACAAGGUUAUGAUAGUAUAUUAACUCAUAGAAAAGAAAAUUCUAACUAAUUAAAUAGUGUAUUAAAAUAACCACAAUAGGUAAUAUUUACAUUUGUAAAAACUUCAAAAAAUCUUAGAAAAUAAAAGACCACACUUCAAAAGAAGUUUCAACUACCAACAAUUUUAUAAGAAUCUAAUUUAAAAAAUGGCUAUUUUGAAUUUGUUUAUAAAAUGUAUAGUAAAAGUUUUUAUUUGAAGUCCCCUUCCCUCGAAAAAAAGAAUAUUUAUGUAUAAAAUGUAGUGUAAAGGCAUACUAAUUAUUUAAAAAAAAAUAUGUCAAAAAUAUUGAAUAGAACAAAAGUUAUUUCAAGUGGUUGAUCAUCGUGAGACACUGUAUAUUAAAAAUUGUCAAGUUUUAGUAAAAAUUUUUAUAAAAAAAGAUGUACGUAGUUCCAACAUAGAUAGGCCACUGUUGUAAGUGCGAAAUUGGGAAAGUAGUAGAAGGGAAAUUUAAUAUAUAAACUAUUACUAAUGAAAAAGGAUUUUAAGCAGAAUUCAGUUGAUAGUGUUGCUUUGUCAAAAAUAUAUGUCAUUAUGGUAAAAUUAUUACAUUCUUUAAUCAUAUUUGUCUAAUGUUGUACCUAUUUUUCGGGUAUUCCUACAUUUUUCUCAGUUUUUAGGAAAAAACAUUUAUUUUCAUAAAAAGUGCUACAUUUAUAAAUCUUUGUAAAACUAUAAGCUUCUUCGCUCCUCUCAGAAUCUAAAGUAUCCAAAUUCAAUAAACAUUACUUAAAUUUUGUAUUUUAUGUAUAAAUUGUUGUUCAUAAUACAAAUAUGAAAUAUUUUUAUAAAAUAGAAUAAAUAUAAAUUGUGUAUUUAUAAUUAUUUUAAUUUAGAUUUAGAGUGUAGCAAGGAAUGUAUUGACUUAACUAUUUUGUUUUGUUUUGUUUUUUUUUUUUUACCAAAAAUCUUGAUCUAAUCUUUCAAGUAGCCUCUUUUCUAAAAUUAAAUUUUGUCUAGUUGAUGUAUUAGAGAGGUUAUUUGAGAUUUUAAUUUCUUUAGUAAUUUAGUUAAAAUUAAUUGUAGAUAGUUACAUUUUCACAUAAUACCUAAAUUGACCUUUAAUUAUGCAGUAAAAUUUCUGACAAUUUUUGAGCUAUUUAUAGGCAUUUGAAAUUGUUGAAUAUUUUAAGUUUUUAUAUUGUACUAAUUGUAAUUCUAUACAAUAUUGCACUAAUACUAUUGCAAUGCUAGAUACAACUGUUUUGCUAAACAGAAAUACUUGAAAAAAUUAACAUGAGGUUUAUUGUAUGUUGUACUUUGUAGUUGGUAAUAAAAAAAAGUUGUAUAGUAGUCCUAUUUUCAAUAAGCGUUUUAUGUUCAAAGUUGUUAGCAAUGACUUAUUGUUGAGUAUAGAUAUAAAUUAAAUUACUAUGUAUAAUACUUUCUCAACUUUCCACCUACAACAGAGGUAUGCUCCUCAACAGUAUAAGGUUUUUUAAAAUAUAUUUUUAAAAAACACUUAUUUUAUUGUUGUAAUGUUGAACAAUAUAAAAUUUUAGUUCCAAUGCAGUAUAUUUCAGUAUUAUCGGCUAAAAAUAAAUCAUAAAAAUGUUUUACUAAUUAUUUUCUAAAAUUAAUUAAUAUUUAUCUUUUUUUAACAAUAAUAUAAAAAUUAAAAAAAAUGUUAUAUUGACUUCCAGUUCAAAAACACUUAAUUAAUUACAAACAAACUCUCCUUUUAAUUUUAGUAUGGAUGGAUUUAAAGUUGUUAAACUCAAUGAAAUAAUUCGACAAGUGGAUAUUGUAAUUACUGCUACUGGUAAUAAGAAUGUAGUUACUCGAGAACACAUGGAUAAAAUGAAAUCUGGAUGUAUUGUGUGCUGUAUGAGUUAUUGUCAUAACGAAAUAGAUGUGGUAAGUUAUAAUUCAUAACUACUUCAUUGGAUUUUUAAAAUAUUUAAAUCUAAUUAGAACAUGGAAUUUGGUAAUUAGAAAAAAAGAUUUUUAAAAUAUUAGAUAUCAAUAACUUUACAUUAUGGUCAAAAUAAUUUACUAAAAUGGGUGUAAUUUGUUAUGUUUAAAAUUUUGAAAUUUAUGUUUAAAAAUAAUUUAUUCAUAUAUUUUUUUUUUAUUGAUCAUGUUGAAUUUUACAAAAAUUAAAAAAUGUAUAAUACCACGUAUAAAUUUAAAAGUUAGAUUAGUAAGUUAGAUUGUAUACUAAUAUAAUUAGUAUAAUUUUCUAGUUAUGAUUAUGAUUCAGAUGUUUUCAUUGUAUAUUUUUUUUUGUUUAUCCAAUUCAUUGCUGACCUGGAUACAAAUUUGAUUUGUGUUCUACUGAAUCAAAUAAUACUAUUUUUAUUUUGCAUAUUUUAGGAUUUUAAGAAUAUAAAUUUAUAUUCUAGUAUAUUUUUAUAUUUUUUUAAAAAACAAUUUAAAUUAUUAAUGAAAUAUUUAUAUAAAGCGAAAAAUCAUACAAUUUGAAUAAAUUUAAAAAAAACUAUUGAAUCACUGUAAUGUAUUUAUUGUAAAUUAGUAUGUAAUAUUAAAAAAAAUCAUAAAUAAAAAUAACUACUAAUAAAAAUUAAAUACUUAAGAUAAAAUACAUUUUUAUGUGCAUAUUUUGGUGUUUUUAUAUACUAAAAAGGCAUAUUUUAUGAUUUUUAUUGUAUAUUUGGUAAUUUUUUUAGUACAUAAUUGCAUAAAUAUUACAGUUAUUUUAAGUUCAUAAACAUCAGACCCAAAGGUAUGAUUCUUUCAUAUAAGUUUAUCUGUAUAUGAACCAUGUGUAUUUGCACCAAAUCUGAUAAUUAUAUUGUUUUAAUAUCAAUAAUUUAUUAUUCAUUUUCAAACUUAAAAUAUCACCAAAUUGUUUUAUUUCAGUUUCUGUAUAGAAUUAUUUUACAAUUAUAUUUUUAUUUCUAUUGAAGGCUGCUUUACGUACACCAGAAUUAAAAUGGGAAAAAGUACGAUCUCAAGUAGAUCACAUCCGUUGGCCUGAUGGGAAAACAAUGAUUUUACUUGCUGGUGGUCAUCAUGUAAAUUAUACAUGUUCUAGCAUUCCAUCAUUUGUUACAUCAAUUACUGCUACAACACAAGUAAUUGUCAUAUAUUACUGAAAACAAUUUAAAUAAGUUUAUUAUUUUUUUUCACCAUUUAUUUAAAGGUACUUGCAUUAACAGAACUUUUUAAUGCUCCAAUUGGACGAUACAAAAGUGAUGUUUAUUUAUUGCCGAAAAAAAUGGGUACACAAUUAUUAAAAUAUUAUUGCUUUAUUAGAAUUAUUACUAAGCUAUUAUCUUAUUUUAGAUGAAUAUGUUGCAAGUCUUCAUUUGACAACAUUUGAUGCACAUCUUACAGAACUUACAGAAGAACAGGCCAAGUACAUGGGGUUACCCAAAAGUGGCCCCUAUAAAUCAAAUUACUAUAGAUACUAA